AACUUAAGAGUACCUACUGUUUAAUUGUGAGAACUGGCAUUUAUAAUAAUGAAACUUCAAUUAAGCUUUAUGUCAAUAAUACUAGUGCUCGUUUUCUUUUUAACAACGGAGAUUGACGGGAAACCAAGUAAAGCUCAUAUUAAAUUAUCUAAAACGGUUGUAAUCAGACCAACUGCCUCUGAAAUAACCAAUGCGAUAUCACAUACAAACAUUUCUCAAGAGAUUCAAGUUGAAAAUUUGCAAAAGUUCUUCGUUAUUGGAACAUAUUCAAAUAAGUUUAUUGAACUGUUGAGCACGUACGAUACAUUGAGUUCCAACCCAAUUGUAUUUAGCAGCGACGAAAUAGGAACACUGACCUCAGAUUACCGCAAACAACCACGAAAUAACAGAAUUAUUACUCAAUUUAAACUUUACCGUAAAAUACAAGAAAUACAGUGCACGAUUUAUGUAACUUUGACAGGCGUAUUACCGUUUUUCAAAGAUUUUUUGGCCAUUAUUGCCGAUCAUGUACAUAUGAUGAUACAAAUGUUAUACUUAGGGAAACUUGCAGCGAGCGGUUGGCUUUGGGAAUUGCACAUAAAACUAUUAGGAUUAGAGCAUUUAAAGUUGCAAGAAGAAGUAUUUCGGGAAAAACACUUACCGGGAAUAAACGAAACACUUAAUGGAUUAAUAACGUCGUGCCAAGCAAAUAACUAUCUACCGUUGGACGUUAUAUGGAGUACAAUUAUGGCAAUGAAUUCAGACUUGUAUACAAAUAUGAGCAGAUUGCCUAUCGACGACGGUUAUUUACUGUUGGAAACAUUGCAGAUGUUCCCGGAAACCAUCUUUGCACCGAUACCCGGUUUCGUUGUUGAUUGGGGCAAUACACCUGAUGCGUUUAAAAAUGAAAUGGAAAACAUUAUGCAUCAAUAUAAUUUUGGGGAAUGGACGAAAGAACCUUACGCGUACAUAGAAUUUCAAAAACAAUUUUUGGACGUCGUGAGGGUACAACUGUACGGUCAUAUUUGGGUACAUUUAGUCAUUUAUAAAAACAAAGGCAGGGAGUGCCGACCCGAACACGAUAGUUUUAUAAGUGCAUUGAACGGAGUAAUUUAUUUUGCUUAUGUUGAUGACGAAACCUUUAACAACGUACUAAAUUUAUUAAGUGAAUUAUAUGAACCCGAUGACGAGCAGAUAAAUCAAAUUACAAGUAUAAUAGAAAACGAAAUAAACCGUAUUCUGUGUAUUGUUACUGGGUCAAAUAACGCUCAUGCUGCAAUUGAUUGUGAACUCAUCGAAGAAAACUGUGCAAAAAAAACACCCACAAUCAAUCUCGAAACCAAUGCGAGAUGUUUGCAACAAUUCGCUUCGAAUAUUAACACAGGAAUAAAUGAAUUACCUGUAAACGUUCUAUUAUUCUAUAUUAACGGAAACGAAACUACCGAAUGA